CUUGGCAUUAUGUAGCGGUCCCUUUUGAAAAAGCUGUUUUCCUUUAAAAAAUGAUUAAAUAAUUCUUUCCUCCAGGAAAUUUUUAAAAUAAAAUAUAUGAAAUUCAAAUCAGCUAGCAGACUUAAAUGACAAAGAGGACAGGUUUUAUAUAUUGCAGAGUUUAUUCAGGAUAAACUUAGCUAUAUAAAAUAUGAUAACGUGUUUUCUAAAAGUAACAAUUUCUACGCAAUACUAAAAAAUAUAAUAGAGGACAUAAGCUGGAUUUAUUUCGUAGAUUUUUUACAUUUAAUUAACUAUAUUAACAUCUUUUGAACGUAAGAAACAAAUUACAUACAUUUGUGCAACCCAGAGAUCCUAAAAAUGUUCUUCUCCUUUGAUUGAAAGGCUGAUCAAAAUUAGUUAGUUAUGAAUAGUGUAUUUAAUAAAUAUGACUUGUGGGCAAUGAAUAAUAAAUCAAGAUUAUUUAAAUAAGAAUCUGUAUAAAUCUCUGCUAGAAGUUUUGCAACCCAAAGAGGAGCAUUGGAAGGUUUCAUCUGCAAGAAAUAUCUUUACAGAAGAUUAUAGCUUAAUUUGUAUAUAAUUUUGUUUGCUGUUAUAAAAUUGAAAGUGGGCGAUAAUGCAAGCCCUUCGACGAUGUUCACACGUGCUUAAAUUAAUACCAACAACACGCACUUACUUAACUAAUCCAAAAACACUAGAAAAGCGUAAGCCAGAUGAUCUAUGUUAUAAAACGACAAUACCAUCCCCAAAAAUACCAUUUGACAAAAUUACUGUGGAAGAUGCAAAGAAAAUCCUUACCAAUUUAACACCAGAAGAAGAGAAGCAAUUAAAAAUUCUGAAAUUAGAAUAUGAUGUAUUCUUUUCAACUGGAGUUCGAGUUCCUAAUGAAAUGACCUCAGAAAUGUGGUGCACAAUACUUAAGAAACCAUCAGUAGCUUCACGAAGAAGGAUGUAUAACUUUUGGUUUAAGACUGAAAAGAAAAUUGAAAAUGAGAAGAAGAGAAAACAAAAAAAAGCUCUGCAGCCAAAACCUGAAAAGAGUUUUAACUUCUAUAAUAACAUAUAUUUUUUUGUUAGGGAGACGACUAUGAAUCAACAUUAUUACAACAAUUUAUGCCAUGCCAUGAGAUUUGGACCUCCUUUACUCUUUGAUAUGUCAUUUGAAAAUAAGAUGACUGACAGAGAAGUCAAAAACUUUGUCACUCAGCUCCAAUAUUCUCAUUCAAUCAACAAGAUGAAUCAAGAACCAUUUCAUUUUUCAUUUUAUAACGUUUUAAGCGAAGGUAGAUUCUUUAAUCAAAUGCACUUCUUUGGAAAAGACUUGAGUAAUAUACCAUGGACAGUUAGUAAUAACGACUUCCAGGACAUAUAUGAUAAGGAAAAUCUUAUUUACCUGUCGCCUAACGGAGCAAGAACAAUGAAAGAAUACGAUCAUAAUGCUAUAUACAUUAUCGGAGGAAUUGUCGAUAGAAGUGAAGAAGUACCUUUAACGUUUGCCAAAGCCAAAAAGGAAAAGAUCAGGUCCGUAAGGUUUCCUCUAGAGAGAUAUUUGGAUUGGACACGUGGUAGCAAGAGUUUAACUAUUGAUCAAGUUGUAGGCAUCUUACUUAGGAUAAAGCAGAAUAAUAAUAACUGGGAAGCCGCCUUUAGUGAAUUUGUGCCAAAGAGGAAGACUUAUAAAGAUUAAAACUAUCAAACUUUAUUCCAAUGUUUGUUAUAUUUGUAUGAAUAAAACCAAUAAGAGA